AUGUUCGAGUCUCUCCCAACUAAUUCUUUUUGUGCCGGCCUCGUGCUGGCUGUGUUGGUCUUUGGCCUCUGGCUGUAUGGCACGUCGUCCGACAUUCCCAAGAUCCAGGGCAUCCCUGAGAUGCCCUCGGCCAUGCCUUUCAUUGGUCAUCUUCAUCUUCACGCCGGUGCAUCUGGGGUCAACGAUGCGGCCCUGUGGUCUUCCUGGAGCAGAAGGUGCGGAUCGGAUCUUCUCCAGGUCAAGUUCGGCAGAAACAGGGUGGUGGUGGCCAACUCGUUCAACGCUGUGCGAGAAGUAUUCGUGACCAAUGGACAUCUCACGUCUGCACGGCCGCGGCAGUACGUCUUUGAGAAGUACAUCGGCUAUGACUUGGGUUCCCAUUCGUUGGACGAGAACUACAAGCAGCAACGACUGGCAGGCCUCAAAGCCCUCAAGCCAAUUGAGUGGCCCAAGUUCUAUCCCGGGCUCGAGAAGGAAGGUGAUCGACUGAUCGUGAACCUGGCCGAGCUGGGGAACUAUGGCAAGACGCCCAUCAACCCAUUGAAGAUGAUGCAGAUUGUGGCCAUGAAUCUUGGGUUCCAGACCACAUUUGGGAAGACGUUCGAUGACGCCAAUGACCCCUGGUUGAGGGAGUACAUCGACAACGCCAUGAUCAUCACCACCGUUCGUGGGGCGUCCAACACAUGGUCCGACUUCGUCCCCUUGCUCCGUCUGAGUCCAAAGUUCCGCCGCAUGGCCAAAGCUGGAGAGGCUGCAUCCAAGAAGAGGAGCCGAAUGAUAGGUGAGGUCCUUCAAGACCUUCAAACAAGGCUGAACAAUGGCGAACGCCCGGAUUGCAUCGCUGCAUCUGUCUUGACCGACGGAGACAACAAACUCACACUUCCCAAUGCCAUCAAAUGCUGCACAUCCAUGCUUCAAGGAGGCACCGAGAGCCUGCCCAGCCACAUCUGCGCCGGCCUCGGCGGCUUGAUCUCGCCCGAGGGAGAAAAGAUGCAGGAGAAAGCAUACGCAGAUAUCCUCGAGCAUUAUCCCGACGGAGACGCGGCAGACCAUGCCUUUAACGAAGAGAAAGUGCCUUAUCUCGUGGCGCUGUACAAGGAAAUCCUGCGCAACUACGUGGUGCUGCCAUUCAGCCUUCCACACGAAGCCAGCUCCGACAUCCAUCUGAAGUCGGGCGUGGUCAUUCCCAAAGGCACGAGGCUAUACAUGAACUCGGAGGCCGCCAACCAUGACGAGACUUUCUUUGGGCCGACGGUGGAUGCGUUCGAGCCUGGGCGUUGGUUGGAUCCCGAGCUCAACAACACGGCGCUCAACUUCUUCUCCUAUGGCAUUGGGCCCCGAGUGUGUCCGGCCUGGUCGAUUGCGAACCGCAUGAUGUAUGGCUUGUUGUUGCGCAUGAUCCUGGCUUUCGACAUGAAGAUGGAUCCCUGCGAUCCGCCACCCACCUCCUGGCGCACGUUUGGCAGAACCCCGAGCGGCGUUCUGAAUGCGCCAAAGAUGUUUAAUGUCAGAUUCGUUCCUCGCAAUGAAGAGAAAUUGAGGGCGGAGGUGGAAGAGUUGAAGAAGAAGUUGGUAGGCUCUAGGCCGAGUGGACAAUGCUAG